AGACCGACAUCAAGCAGAAAGAGGUACGGGAGUGCCUCUCUGAUGUGUACUACUUGUUUAUUCUAACUCGUGUGGUCCCGUCACAGAUGGCAGAGCUCAAGGGCAAGCUGGAGGAAGAGUACUCCUUGGCGAAGGUGGAAUACGACCGACUGCGCGCCCAUAUCGACCUGUACAUGACAAAGCUGGAGCAGAUGAUGCAUACGGCGUCGCAGUGAACGGUUGUACCUUCUUUCGGUGAUGAUAUGGGUUUAAUGUAUGGCCAGCUGGAUUCGCUAUUGUACUUUUCCGGGGAGCAACUCUUUUUUUUUAUUUUUAAUGCGCAAUGAGAUACCUUGCUUUUUGCUUUUAUGUUUUUGUUUAUUUUAACAGAGUGGUGAGAUGUUGUGGGCGGGCGGCGGGCGGCGGCAGGAGACGAGUGCGAGGGGAGUUCGGCAAUGCACUGGCGUCUUGGCACGGAUGCAAGGUGGAAGAAUCUAGAAUAUUUUGAUGCGAGGUUCUGGUUAUCCUACCUUCGGUCCGAGAGAGCGAGCGAACUACUACUUCUUCUUCUCCCAAUCUGCACUCUACCUCUCCCAUACUCUAACUUCACAACUCAAUUACCACCACCAACCCACCACCCCACAGCAACACACAAUGGCCACCUCCCUCCGCAACAUCAAGUCUUUGGCGCCGCUGCUGGACCGCAUCCUGGUGCAGCGCGUCAAGGCCGACGUCAAGACUGCGUCGGGAAUCUUCCUGCCGGAGAGCACGGUCGAGAAGCUGAGCGAGGCGCGUGUGCUCGCCGUCGGCCCCGGCCACACCGAUAAGGACGGCAAGCGCAUCGACGUCUCCGUCAAGCCCGGCGAUAGGGUGUUGAUUCCGCCUUACGGUGGAAGCCCCGUCAAGGUUGGGGAUGAGGAGUACACUAUCUUCCGGGACCACGAGCUCCUGGCCAAGAUCAACGAGUAGACGCACGCACACUCAGUCAGACCGGAUACGAGGUGGAAAAAAAGCAUUUGUGAAUGGCGUUUCUUUUGCGAUGUAAGAUGGACGACGAUGGACGACGGAGGGUGUACAGAAAAUCACGGCGGGGGAGAUGAGGAAUUGAGACGAGAGGGUUGGAUUGAGAUCUGUACAAUAUGUUUCCCCGCUCUACCAUCACCGACUGGCUAUGGUUCUCUGUCCUCCGGUGACGAGUGCGUGUGUGCUCGCGGAACCUCCCAAAUCUUGAGACUGUUGUCCCACGGCGGUGCAUCCGUGUCUGUGUCUGUAUCUGUAUCCCCAUUGCUGCUGCUGCUACUACUAUU